CAUUCCAGUAUUGUAUAUAGUUUAAUGCUAUUCCCUGUCCCUUAUUUCUUUUAUUAUGCGCAGCCCCUAAAAAAGUUUUGGAACAGUCAUCGAGCCAAAUUUUCCUCGGAGAGGAAAUUUUACACCGGUUUUGGAACCUAGAUUUAAUACUGAUAACAAUGAAUUCUUACAAAAGAGAGAAGUCAAAAUCAGCAUUGGAAGAAAAAGAAAGAAAAGAUAAGCAAGAAAGACUAUGGCAAGUAAGACAGCAAUGGUACAUAGCACAAGAGAUGGAAAGACAGCACGAAGCACGAAAGUCAAAAAUGAUUGAAGAGUAUGAAAGAAAUCGGGCUCAGGCAUUGAAAAUUCAUCAGAAGCAAAGAGUUUUACAACGUAGCAAGAGCAAUAACCCACAGCGAAGAACUACUGAUUAUAAAUAUCCUGAAGAAUCGAAAAUGUCGUCAUCCAAAUAUCAAAAAAAUACAAUCAUUGAUGAAAAAGAGUUACAUAGAAUCAAGAUAGAUGUUUAUAAAAAAAAGGAUCAUCGAACAAGGAGUCAAGACACAUCAAAGAACAAGAUUGAACGAAAUAUUGAUCCGGAUGACAUAGUUCUUCCAAGAAGAAAAAAUGAAGGAUUACGUCCAAUAUUUGAAAAAAGGAAAACAGCACAAGAUGAAAUGCAAAGGAUCAGAUUCGUACGAGACAACAAAUUAGUUCCAGAGAAACAAUUAUCAGAUGAAGAAAGCAGCGAUACCUGGGAAAGUACAUCUAUCAACACAUAUAAAACAAACACUCAGUAUAGAUAUUGCAGCACAGGAAGACCGGAAGAACGAACUAUUUGGAUAUAUGGAUUUUCAAAGGAAAAAUUUCAAUAAUUGGCAUUUUGCUUAUAUAUAUAUAUAUAUAUAUAUCGAAUCAUUGAUGAUAUAUCUAAUGUAGCAAUUAGCUUCGAUUCUUGCUUUUUUUAUUGCUAUGGAGUUAUUUGCUUUACUAUCUUUAUCUUUUCUAUUUUACUUUAUAUUCUUAUAUUCUUUCAUAUAUUAUAUAGUCUGUAUUUUGUAAUCUCUUUUGUCUAUUUAAUCUUUAUCACAUUCUUUCAUCUGCAUCUCAUAUAUUUUUAUUGAUAAAAAAUACCCUUCUUCAUAGAUAUUAACUUCUGAAUAUAAUUAUAACUUUGAUGUGCAUAUAUUAUUCAUAUAUAUUAUCUUAGUAUAUAUUCAUCCAUUGUUACUUUCCUUCUUCAUAAGAAAAACAUCAUUUAUGAAGACAUUAAUAUGAACUGAAUUAAUAAACUAAGUCGUUGAAACUAUACAUAUAAUCUUUAGUCAAAUGAUUUCUUUCUUCUAAACUUAUAGUAUUUUGAAUGUAAUUUGCAGUAAAAUAUUUAAGAACGAAAUGGAAAUUAUUCAGUGAUGAGCAACAAGUUUUUUUAAUAGGAUAAAUAAGCUUCGCAUAACAGGUAAGCUCUGCAUAAUGGGUAAGAAAACAUUCCAUAUAUAUGUGUGUAAUUAAUGUAGAUGAGAGAGAGAGAAGGAGAGAGGGAAAAGGUGAAAGGGAGAAGGAAAGAGAAGGAGAAAAGUACCCAAAUAUCGGAUAAAUAGCUCAAUAUUAAAUAAACUUUUUAAUAAUUAGAGAGAAAAGAGAAAAUAUAUCUGGUAGAUAAUAAUCUGGACAAAAAUAGUUUUGAAAGCGAAAUUAUAUAUAUAAAAAAUGAUAAAAAUUUCGACAUUUUUUGAAAAGAAAGACUUUAUUUCAGAUAACACACGCAAAUUUUUGUUUAUUGGUUUAUAAAAUAAAUCUUCACAUGAAAGUAUAGAUGUUCUUGAACAUUUAUUUUUCAGUAUUAAAUUUUUAUUUAACAUAAACGAAUAUUUAUAUAGUAUUAAAUUUAUUGGAUUUAAUGAAGAAUAUUAUUCUAGCAUUAAAAAUUCGUCAGAUUUUACAUCUAAAAUAUUAAAUAUGUUCAAAAUUUAUGUUAAUGCACAUAAUGAUAGUAUAAAAUAUUAAAAUAUAGACUGAACAAAUAAAAUAUUUUAUAGCAUUUCAAAAAGCAAUGUAUUUGAGUACUUCUCUCAUUUAUUAUUAAUAUAAAUAUAAAUUAUAAUUAAUAUAAAUAUAAGUAUUGCAUUAUAUAUAUAUGUAAUACACAUAUUAUAUAAUUGAAGAUAUUUCUAAAUCAUUUUUGAUAGCCAUAAAUAUAAUUAAUAUAUGGCUAUAUUAUGGAUAUAAAGUUGGUUGAACUAACAAUAAAUAUAAUCCAUUUCAUGUGAAACAAGUGUUUCCUUUAUUUUAUCGCUUAUUGAAUACGAGUAUUCCAUUGUUAGUAUCUGGAUAUUUUUCAGAAUUGUUAAAGUUGUUUUUGACAAUUGUAUAUUGUCAUGGACACAUAUACAUAUUUUUCAGAAUUGUUAAAUUUAUUUUUGACAAUUGUAUAUUGUCAUGGACACAUAUACAUAUUUUUCAGAAUUGUUAAAUUUAUUUUUGACAAUUGGAUAUUGUCAUGGACACAAUUGUACGGAUUGAACAAUGAAGCAUUUAUUAUAAAUCUUGUAAUUCUUUAAUCUUUUAUUUUCAAUUAUAUAUGGGAUAUGUUAUGGAUAUAAAGUUGUUUGAAUUAAAUAUUAUUCAAGAGUUACUUAAUUAAAUAUAUACUAACAUUGUUAUAUUUUCAAAACAAAAAAAAUUAUCGAUAUUAUAAUUUUAUAAUAUCAACAAAGAGAGGAAGAAAUGUAAAGUAAUCCUUGCGCAACAAUCAUUUGUGAUCUUAAUUUAAUUAACAUGUUGCGAUUCAUUGCUGAAUCAAUAGCCACUGCUAAAUUUUGUUUUACUUAAACCAAAAUUAAUUAAAUUAGUUUUUUUUUUUAAAUAAGGAAUACACAUCUUGUAAAGAAAAAUCUAACAAUAGAAAAUAUUUUAAGAAUUUAUAAUAAAUAAAUGUCUAUAAAACUUCUUGUAAUUUUCUUAUCAUGUAUAAAAAAUUAAUAUGUGAUACAUUAAAUUAAAAGAAAUUCUAUUCACGCUAAAAUAUAGAAAUAUGUCUCUUAAUAUAUAAGAAGGGAAACAAACAUUCAAAUUUACAGACAAUAAUGAUUUAGCAGUGGCAACACUUUGUGCUGUGUAAUAACAAAGAUUAAUGUAGUAAUUCCAGAUCGCACAGGUCAAUCGGACGUCGAUAUGAUCAGUUCAGACGAACGGAUAACCAGUAUAGGAGUGACAGAAACAGAAGUAGUUCGCCCUCAAAUAGAGCCAAAAAAGGCAAGAAAGAUUUUGGUGAAAAUAAGUUUUCAUCUAGAAGAAAUCGAUCACGUGAACCGGAUGAUCGAGUAUCAUUGUCACAAGCCUCAAGCUAUAUUCCUUCGUAUAGCUUUUACGAUAUGCGUUUUCCUGGAUCGAUGCCGAUGUACAGAAUACAGGCGCCGCCCAUGAUCUGGCCUAUCGCGCCAAUGUUUCCUGCGCCAUUUCCACCGGGUAUGAGCAGAUGGCAACCAUAUCCUCUCAGAUUUGCCAACUACAACGUCGGUAGAGGAUUUUAUAGAGGUCCGCGCUAAUCGAUACCACAGAUAUAAUAAUAAAUUAAUAAUAAACAUACAGUUUGUUAAAAAAUUAAUACAAAUAAAUUAAAAAUAGCAGCGCAGUUCUUAACGCACGUACUUUAUUGUAAUUAGUUAACUAUUAUUGCUGCAAAAGCGAACGUUUCGGACUCUUUUUUUUUGGGCCAUCAUCAGCGUAAAUAAUUAAUAAUAAAGAAUUCAAAUUAUAUAGUUACAUAAGUGGUCACUAAUCAGACGACAAUGUGUAAAAUAAAAUAAAGUUGUCAAAAAUAAUAUUAAUUAUAAAUAAUAACAUGAUGUUUAAAUCAGAUAUAAUGCUUAUAAAAUAAAAUUAACAUUGAACAAAUAAAAAUACAUAAAUACUGUUACUCAAGAUCUCGAUAUAUAAAAUUAAAUAAAUUUCAUUUGCUUUUACAGCAAUAAUUGUUGACUAAUUACAAUAAAGUACGCACGUUAAAAAUUGCGCUAAUUCGUAAAUGCUAACGAUAUGCUAAUUCGUAAAUGCUUUUUUUAAUUUAUUUGUAUUAAUUAUAAUAAUAUUUGAAAAGAAUAUAGUUUUUAAUUACGUUUUUUAAUUAAAUAAUAUUGAUGAGACAAUUAUAUACUGUAUCUAAAUUUUAAAAUAAAAGAUAGCGAAUGUACAAAAUAGACCAAUCUCUUUUAGUAUUAUUAUUAUAACUGAAUAUUCAUAUUGUGAAAUUUCGCUUUUAAUCCCCAUUUUUAUUUUUAUCAUAGGAAGAAUAAAGUCAUUUCAUAUGCAUUUAAUAUAAAAAUGCAUGCUUUGUUUUCAUAAAUGUAUUAUAUCCUUAUUCCACAUAUUGUAGACAGACCUUUAAAUAAGUUAUUUUGCCAAUCCAAUGCUAAUUUUAAAAACAAAGAUCGAACAUUUGAAUAAUAGACACUACCUGCACUGAUUCCAAUUAGAAGAAUUCAAUGAUUGGAAAUGACAGAGAUGAUAUAUAAUUUCUUUAAAAAAUCUUUUUAUCUUAUAUUGAUUUGAAUAUACUCACUUU